AUGUCCGCGAUGCUGAACCGCCCGCAGCAAGGGCAGCCGCAGGCCGAGGCGAGCCAGCAGGAACAGAGCUCCACGAUCGGCGUGCUGGACGAUGAGGACCAGGACUAUGAUGACACGGCCGUGCAUGACGAGUCAUUUGGCCAAGCCGGCGAGCGUCACGGCCCCGAGGGCAAUCCCACCGAGUCGUUUGCUAUUGCCCUGCGAAUUGAAGAGCUGAACAGGACCAUCAGCCAACUCAGUCUCGCCCAACCUCAACCAGACAAGACAACCAGCGGGUCAACGACCCAGACUGCUCAGCAUGCUUCACACAUAAACUCAUCCCCGGGGCUGGUCAACAAUACGCCCUCGUCUGGUGUUACUUCGUCAUACGAGGAAAAGCAGACGCCGCCGACACAGCCCGAGUUCGAGGGCGAGUCGUCGCUCUCAGCACACGCCACGUUUGCUACCAAAUUUCUCCAAAGCUGUGUCAGUAACAGCCCGUCAUCCAAGGUCAUGCUGGAGAUGACAUCUGUGCUGGACACUCUCAAAGCCAUUGUGGAUUCUCAGAAACAGAAAGCCGACACGCUCGAAACCUUGUACCCUAAUGCGCGACCCCUUCCCGCGGGAGCAAGUCUCCGGCAACUGCCCCCUUUGUCCAUCGAGCAUGCUCUUGCCUGCCUUCGAUUGGUACAAGAAAACAGCCGCAUCCGGGCCCUGUGGCUGAUGGAUGUCCAAACACUCUCGCAAUUUACCGGCCACUUUAUCAAGGUCUGCUCUCCCGGACCUGCGACGGAAGCGGAUUUGAUCAUCGUAUACGCGGGCUUCUACUGGCUGUUUGAGGAAUGCUCCAAGGAGGUAUCCGACGACUCGCUCAAAGAGGCCUAUAAUAUGCAGACCAUCAUAUGCAGAGAUAAUUUAGAGACGACUCUGGCGCGACUCCCCUUCCAUCUCAUGGCAACCUUGGACAACGCCUUUGCGCUUACGCUGGCGGUGGGUAUUUUAAGACUUCAUGUCGAGAAUGUGGCUGACCGGGUGUGA